UCCUGACAACCCGGGUGCGUUGUGUCCACACAACAGAGCUCCGACUUGGCGGUGUGUGAAGGUCGCGCUUUUGCCUCCUCAUGGGUCCCAAAGAAAAAAAGAAAAAGAAAAUCACUAAAGCCGAACAACUGAAGCAGCUACAAGAGGAGGAGGAGAAGCGACUGAAAGAGGAAGAGGAAGCCCGUUUGAAAUCUGAGAAGGAAGAACAGGAAAGGCUUGAAAAACAGCGGAUUGAGAAAGAAAAAUGGCAACAACUUGAAAAAAAAGAUCUACAAAGGAGACCCGAAGAACUCGAGGAACUUUAUUCUCUAGAGGAGUGUUUUCCUAAAGCAGAGAAAUUGAAGCAAGAUACUAGAUCUCUUUCUCAGUGGAAACACUAUAUUCAGUGUGAUGGGAGUCCUGAUCCUUCCAUACCCCAAGAAAUGAAUACUUUCAUUAGCUUGUGGAAAGAGGAAACAAAUCAGACUUUUGAGACAGUGAUCAAGAAGAGUAAACUGGUGCUACAGUUAAUUGAGAAAUUGAAAUUAAUGCUAUUGGAAACUCCGACAUAUAAUUUGAGAGACAAAAACAUAAUACAAUACGAAGGAUCAAUUUUAGAGCUUCAGGAGCUCCUUCACCUUAAGUUUAACAUAGCCACGGAAAUACUGCUCAGACAAGCUAGUACUUUAGCAGAUCUGGACACGGGAAAUAUGGAAAAAAUCAUUCAAGAUGAAAAUGUUACUCUGUACGUGUGGGCAAACCUCAAGAAGAACCCAAGGUACAAAAGUGUGAAAUUCUCCAACACACAAAUUGGAUUUGAAAUUCCAAAGAUAUUAGCCACGAGUGACGUCGCGCUCCGGCUCCUCCACACUCACUAUGAUCACAUCACCCCGCUGCACGCAGUGCGGGCGCCGCUGGUGCCGUUGGUGCCGUUGGUACCGUGCGUCCCUGCAGGAGCGGAGCUUUCCAAGAGGGAGGUGAAGAGCACCACAGAAGCGGUUGGCCAGGAGGACCAGGAAGUCUAUAAACCUCAAGAGCGAGGGUCUGUCUUCAUCCAGGAGGGAGAAAUAAAAGCUGAGGAACAAAAUGAUCCUGAAGUCCAAAUGACUUCUGUCAAGAAAGAAUCGAAAGCCACAGAAGUUGAACUGGAGAUGAAGUUAUUAAGUGAAUCAGUUGCAGAAGCACAGUUGGACCUGAUAAAGAAUGCUCCUGAAAAGCCAGAAGUCUCUGAAAACAAGGAGGUGGAUUUAUGCCAGUUCACGAUUCUAGGUGGUGUGUACCACCUGGAUAUUUUGGAGCUCCCCCCGCAGUGUAAACCAGUGAAAGGCUGGAUGAUGGUGGAGAUACUCAAAGAAGGAUUACAGAAGUUUACAUAUCCUCCAGAAAUCACAGAAGACUUUGACACAGAAAAUGCUUUUCCGCCUAUAGAAGUCACGCUUCAGGUUCAUGAGAAAGUGACCUUUUUUGAAGAACCUGUGGUCGCAAGGUGGAAUGCUCAAGGUAAAUAUUGGCAAACAGAUGGCAUUAGUGGUGUAUAUUACACCCCAGAAGAAAGACUUAUAUCGUUCAGCCUGGAAACCUUUGGCCCCAUUACCUUAAUGCAAGACACUCAUAUUAACAUGCCAUACCAGUCGUGGGAACUAAGACCACUUGAUGAGAAUAAAGUACUUCUGACUGUGACAACAGUAUUCACUGAGAUUCAAAUACAAAUUCAGGAAAACCUCUGCAUGUUAUCUUCAGUCAAAAUAAAGGACAAAGAGCACUCAUCUGCGUUGGAAGGAAAGUGGAUGACUCCUAUUCCUUUCAUUAGCGCUCUGAAAGAAACGGGACUGAAUAUCUUCCCAACCGCGUACUCUCAUUUUUAUGUCGUUAUAAACAAUAAGGUCCCAUUGGUGGAAAUGAAAGCUUAUCGGCAGAUGGCGCUGCUGAGUUCUGCUUUUGCAUUUGGGUGGAGCAAGUGGAAUACUCUGUGCAAUUCUACCAAUGUUGUGUUUAAGGUGAGGGAGCACCUGAGCGACGAGCACACGGAGACUCCAAAUUGGGAGCUGUACAUGUUCAGCGGGGACAGAGCGUGGAGGCUCAAGAUAGAAGAAGAGAGCGAGUCAUUCUCUGAAGCACUUGGGGAAAAAACUGAGUUUCACUCCACUCUCUUUCACAUGGUCAAGGACUUUGCCUCCAAGGAAGCCAUCGAGAAAGUGAGGCGUUCCAGCUGCCAGUUCAUCGACUCCGUUUGCUACCUGCUCCUCUCCACCAGGGUGCUCAGCUAUUCCUAAUCUCCACUUGCGAACUUUCUUGGUGGGAAAAUCCUGUACUCCUCAGUGUAAUGAGGGACUGGAUUCCAAACAGGCUAUUAAAAUUAUCUAACAGCA